GGGUCCGGGCGGAAGACAGCUGCCCCCGUGCGUAGAAACAGGCGCCGCACCAGCCCGGUUAGGCAUGCCUCUGUCCGCGCAGCAAGCCUGCAGGAUUUCUCCCUGGACGAUGGCAGCUACCAUUCAGGCAAUGGAGAGGAAGAUCGAAUCGCAGGCUGCCCGCUUGCUCUCCCUAGAAGGUCGAACAGGGAUGGCCGAGAAGAAGCUGGCGGACUGUGAGAAGACGACCUUGGAGUUCGGGAACCAGCUGGAGGGCAAGUGGGCCGUGUUGGGGACCCUGCUGCAGGAGUACGGGCUGCUGCAGAGGCGGCUGGAGAACAUGGAGAACCUGCUGAGGAACAGGAACUUCUGGGUCCUGCGGCUGCCCCCGGGCAGCAAGGGGGAGGCCCCCAAGGAGUGGGGCAAGCUGGACGAAUGGCAAAAGGAGCUGUACAAGCACGUGAGGAGGGGCAACUACGAGACACUGGUCUCCCUGGACUACGCCAUCUCCAAGCCCGAGGUCCUCUCCCAGACUGAGCCAGGGAAGGAGCCAUGUGGCUGGCGCCGCACAGCCCCCAAGGUUCCAGAUGUUCCUGUGGACCCGAGUCCAGGCUCCGGAGCCCCGGUUCCUGCCCCUGACCUCUUAAUGCAGAUCAAGCAGGAGGGCGAGCUCCAGCUCCAGGAGCAGCAGGCUCUGGGGGUAGAAGCGUGGGCAGCUGGACAGCCAGAUAUCGGGGAGGAGCCAUGGGGCCUCAGCCAGCUGGAUUCCGGAGCGGGAGACGUCUCUACAGAUGCUGCUUCUGGCGUCCACUCCAACUUCUCAACCACUAUCCCACCUACUUCCUGGCAGGCAGAUCUCCCUCCCCACCACCCCUCCUCCGCAUGUUCAGACGGGACCCUGAAGCUCAACACGGCGGCCUCCACAGAAGCAGAUGUAAAAAUUGUGAUAAAAACUGAAGUCCAGGAAGAGGAGGUGGUGGCCACACCAGUGCACCCUACUGACCUAGAGGCCCACGGGACCCUAUUUGGACCAGGCCAAGCCACAAGGUUUUUCCCUAGUCCUGUCCAGGAAGGCGCCUGGGAGAGCCAGGGCAGCUCCUUCCCCAGCCAGGACCCUGUGCUCGGGCUCAGAGAGCCCGCCCGGCCUGAACGGGACCUGGGAGACCCCAGCCCCGCCGUGGCCCAGGACGAGACCCCACCAGGGGACUGGCUCCUUGGGGGAGUCCGGUGGGGCUGGAAUUUCAGGUGUAAACCUCCGGUGGGGCUGAACCCGAGGACUGGGCCUGAGGGGCUGCCCUAUUCCUCCCCUGACAACGGAGAGGCUGUGCUGGACCCAGGCCAGGCCCCGAGAUCCUUCAGUGACCCCUGUAAAUACCCUGGCCGGACCAAAGGCUUUGGCCACAAGCCUGGCCAGAAGAAGCACCCUGCCGCGUCUCCCGGGGGCCGGCCCUUCACCUGCGCCACAUGUGGGAAGAGCUUCCAGCUGCAGGUGAGCCUGAGCGCACACCAGCGCAGCUGCGGGCAGCUGCCCGAUGGGGCGGCUGGGGCGGCAGGGGCUGCCCGCGAUGGAAGCGCCCUGCGGUGCGGGGAGUGCGGGCGCUGCUUCAGGCGGCCAGCCCACCUGAUCCGGCACCGCAUGCUGCACACGGGUGAGCGGCCCUUCCCCUGCACGGAGUGCGAGAAGCGCUUCACUGAGCGCUCCAAGCUCAUCGACCACUACCGAACCCACACGGGUGUGCGGCCCUUCACCUGCACCGUCUGCGGCAAGAGCUUCAUCCGCAAGGACCACCUCCGUAAGCACCAGCGCAACCACACGGCGGGGGCCAAGGGCCCGGCCCGGGGAUCAAGAGCCCUGCCUCCAAAGGACCCUUAGCCUCCACAGACCUUGUGACUGACUGGACUUGUGGCCUGAGUGUCCUGGGACCCACCGAGGGCGGGGACCUGUGAGGCACCCCGGGAUGGCCAGAGUUGUCUCAGCCUUUUGACCCUUGGGGGCCAUGAGUGUAAAAAGUCCCGUUUCCAGAUGUCCUCGGGGUGGCGGCCAGCGCAGAGGCGAGAGUGGAGACUGGGAGACCAAAUCCCCAAGUUGCUGAACCAAUCACUGGAAGAAGAGAAACUGUCAAACAAACACAGCUUCCACCUCUGAACAAAGUAGAACUCUGAUUGUGAAACAGCACCAUAGAAUUUUAAGUAACUUAAUUACAAAACUCUUUUUUAAUUCUUGAAGAAGCUGAAAAAUAGUCGUAGUGCCAGUUUAAGCUUUCUAGCAUAUUUUUGGUUUCCGGAGCGUGUUCAUGUGGGCUAUGUCCUUACCAAGUCUGACGUGAAGGUCGGCGGGGCUGGGGACACAGUGAGGAGGGACACGGACCACACCUCCCCUGGCCCCACUGACUCCUAGGGAAGAGAUGGUCUUAGCAGAAAGUCCUGGGGAAUUGAGACCCUGCUCUGCCCAGGCCUGGGCUGGGCUCCAAGCCUCUGGGACCUGAGACCAGCUGGGUGCUGUGGAACUGCAGCCUCAUCUCAGCAGGGAGAAGGACUCAUCCCCAGAGCAGCCAGCUUGCCUCUCCACCUGAUAAGGCCCCCCAACAGUGCUGGCCCUACUGUGUGUUUCCCUGUUAGGGGCCACUGGCCAUCCCUGUCAGACUCCUGGGCUGACAACCCUCCUGGGGCUGCUUUUCCACUCUAGCAAAAGCUUCUGUGUCCUUUGUGUAGUGUUUUUUCAUUGUCAAAAUUCUUUCACAUCGUAUCUCAUUUGUUACUGUGACUGUGAAACAUGCAAGGCAAGUCUUGUUAGAGAUGAGAAAUAAAUUAACUCAAAGGGGAUAUAUCCCACUAAGCCUUGUACCAUGGGGGCGAGUGGGGGGGCAGCAGUUGGGAAAAGCCUCAGGUUAGACAUGGCUUAUCUUCCAGAAGUUCAGUUUGGGGAAGGAAAACUGUUUUUGCCCUCUCAGAUUUGUCCCACAUGUGCAUGAGCAAAAUCGUCAAGCCUCAGGCUUUAGCUGAGCCCC